GGCAGACCUUCAAAACCCCCAAACAAAACCAAACCACGAGCAGCCCUAACCAAAACCCUGUAUUUCAUAUUCCAACGGCAUCUGAUGAGAAUGGGUGGAAAACCGAAAAGAGAGAAGACUACGGCGGCCGAUCUCCCCGAAGAACUAAUCCGCCGCGAAAUCCUCACACGACUCCCGGUCAGAUCUCUGGUCCGUUUCAAAUCCGUAUCCAAAUCAUGGCUAUCUCUCCUCUCCGAACCCCAGUUCAUAAAACAACACUUGACUCACAGCGCCACUCAAAUCCCUAAUGACUGUCUCGUUGCUAAAAGGAAUACCAAACUCAUUAUUCUUUCCCGCCACGAAGAAAGAGUUGCCCUCGAUUCAACGCAUUACUUUGAAGUAGUUGGUUGUGUCUGUGGCCUUGUUUGUCUUGCAAGUUUCCAUAUGUUAUCGUUAUGGAACCCGGCAACACAUCGAUCCAAGGAAAUUUUCGCACCGGUAUGCCGUGCUGAUCGAAAGUAUGACAUAGGGUUCGGUUUUGAUCCCGUGAGUGAUAUUUACAAGCUUGUCAUUUUGUCAGAUGAUCUAAAAUCUGCUAUGGUUUACUACUCUAAUUCUGGUGAUUGGAUUGAUAUAUCUGUUCCUGGUAAUGUGUGUGCUGAUUUUAGCGGAACCAGGUCAACAAAUCGCGUGACUAUUGUAAAGGAUUGUCCUUACUGGGCAUUUCGUAGAUACCCGAAAGAUGAGCAUAUGAACGGUACUAAUUGUUUGAUUGCUCUCAAGUUUGAUGCUGUGUGUGACGAGUUCAAGUUGAUGCCUGGAUUUUUUUGUGAUGAAGUAGGUGGUUUUGAAUUUGUGGAUAUGAAUGGUUGUCUUACUUUGAUAGUGCGUGAGUAUGAUGACAAGUAUCCUUUUUCGAAGCUUAUGCUCAAUCUAUUUUCUUUGGACGGGGAGGAGGGAUGUUGUGUUUGGACUAAGAUGUACACUAUCGGACCAUUUAAUCGUGGGUUUGAGGUGGUACAGGGAUUUUCUGGUGGCGAGAUUGUGUUUUCUGAUCGGGGUAAGUUUUGCUUUUACGAUCACAAAACAGAUAGGAUUUAUAAGAUCCUUAAUACAUCUUCUGCAACUACAGCUGAUUCGAGAAUAAGCUGCUUCAGGUAUACUCCUAGUUUGGCUUUCAUAGAGGGAAUGGAGUCUGCUUUUUAUUCAACAAUCCGAACUCGCCGUACAAGGGUUCAGUAUUCCAGAGUUCCUCAAGGAUUAAUCAAUGCACUUAAACAUUAAUCAUUUGCUUAAGGUCAUUUGGUUUUAUAACCUACGUAAGUGUUUGAUCAAAUGUUUAGUUAAAUUUUAUAUGAAUUAUGGUUUGCAAUCCUCUUUUCUGUUUCCGUACUCUGGUGAUUUGUUCUUUGUAUAUUUUUGUGGAAAAAAUAUCAAACUAUCACCCACUGGAGUUUUUUCAA